AUGUGUUCUAACGAAAUUGACGCCAGUUCGCCUUCAUAUCCACUCCGAGCUCCAAGGCCGGUGGGAAAGCGAAUUGCGCGCCUGGACAAGGACCGUCUAUCGCAACUAUAUUCUCCGGGACAAUGGGAGAAAGUCAACCUAAUUGCCAUGCUAAAUGAAGGAGUUUUCUCCGGUCAUCCCCAUGUCAAGUUAUUCGUUUGGCAUGCUUCAGGUAGUCAGCGUCCUACUUUCAAGGAGGCAACGGACCCUUCCAAUCACUAUGAACCCGCGGCUUUAGGUCAACAGUUUGGGCCCUCCUGGUCUACACACUGGUUUAAGGUCUAUAUCCAGCUUCCCGAGGCCAUUUGUAGCAAAGACCAUGUCGAGUUGCAUUGGGACUGCAACAAUGAAGGUACAGUUUGGACGGAGGACGGCAAGCCUCUUCAAGGCCUAACUGGUCGAGGAGAGCGCAUUGAGUGGAUUAUCCCCAGCUCUUUCAAGGACGGAAAUCAACAUCUCAUCUACAUAGAGAUGGCAUGCAAUGGCAUGUUUGGGAAUGGUCCAGGCCGACCAAUCUUCAAAAAUAACCCUGGAGGCGAUUCGAUCCAGCCACCCGAUCAAAACAAACUGUUUGCUUUGUCCAAGGCCGAGAUUGUCGCCGUGAAUUUGGACGCAAGAAUGCUUUACAUGGACAUAAUUGCCAUCCAUGACACUGCGACUGUGUUACCAGAGGAAUCUUGGCAACAACAUAAAGCGUUGAGUGUCGGUACUAAGAUCAUGAACAAUUUCAAGCUUGGCGACAAAAAUUCAAUCAUCCGGUGUCGCAAGAUCGCUGAAGAGUUUCUUGGGCCGCAAACAAGCUCUAGCGACAUUUACUCAACUGGUCAUCAGCAAGAUGCAGAUGUUUUUGCAAUUGGACAUUGCCACAUAGAUACGUGCUGGCUAUGGCCUUGGGCAGAAACAAAGAGAAAAGUCACUCGAUCGUGGCUCAAUCAAUGUGACUUGAUGGACCGGUAUCCGGAAUUGACUUUUGCAUGCUCGCAAGCCCAGCAAUUCCAGUGGCUCAAGGAAGAGUACCCCUAUGCUUGGGAGCGGGUGAAAGAAAAGGUCCAAACUGGGCAGUUCCAGCCGAUCGGUGGUUGUUGGGUUGAACACGAUACAAACCUUCCAAAUGGCGAGUCUCUCGUCAGGCAGUUCCUGUAUGGGCAGCGGUUCUUUGAAGCGAACUUCGGCUCCCGCAGCCGUGUCCUCUGGCUGCCAGAUUCAUUUGGGUUCAGUGCCCAGCUUCCACAAUUGUCCAGGCAAGCUGGAAUGCCGCACUUUCUGACACAAAAAAUAUGUUUCAAUAAUAUCAAUCAAUUUCCGCAUACCACAUUCAACUGGGUAUCACUUGACGGAAGCCAGGUCCUUUGCCAUAUGCCUCCCGUGCGAACGUACACUGCAGAAUGCACUGUUGCUGAUGUCCAACGCUGUGUCACAAACCACCUCUCGAUGGACCAAGACUACACCUCCCUUAUGGCAUUUGGUAAAGGUGAUGGCGGAGGUGGUCCAACAUGGCAGCAUCUCGAACGACUCAGGCGAUGCCGUGGUGUAUCAGAUACGGUCGGUCUACUACCUCGUGUGCAUGUCGGAGGGUCUGCCGAUGACUUUUUCCGGAGGCUGGAGCGCAAAUCAGACCUGUUUCCGACCUGGACUGGUGAGUUGUAUUUUGAACUGCAUCGUGGUACCUAUACCACUCAGUCCAGCACCAAGAAAAACAACCGAAGGGCCGAAUUCUUGAUGAGGGAUAUUGAGCUUCUCGCUACAGUUGCAUCAAUUGCGGAUAGUUCCUACAGAUACCCGAAGGCAGAGAUUGACCAAAUGUGGCAGAAGAUAUUACUCUGUCAAUUUCACGACUGCCUUCCAGGAACUGCAAUUCGAAUGUGUUACGACGACUCGGAUCAAGUUUAUGCGGAUGUAUUCAAGACAGGCGAGAAUGUCCUUCGGGUACUCUACCAACAAUUUAAUCUGGAGCUACUAGAGGCCAAUCAGUCGGAGUCUCAACACACGGUCGCUCUCAAUACUCUUCCCUGGCAUCGCAAGGAGAUUGUUAGAUUUUCGGGCGAUUCUUGUCUCAUAGCUUCGGGCAAUGGAAAUUUACUUGCCCUCGAGAGAAUGUCCCCAGUCUCAACAGAGAGGCCCGUCACGAUUCGAGAGCUCUCCGCCGGAGUAUUCAAGCUCCAAAACGCGCAGUUAUCUCUGACAGUUGAGAAAGGCUGCAUCAUCUCGCUGAACGAUCGAAAGGUGGACCGCGAACUUAUUCCACUUGGCAAAAAGGCCAAUCAAUUCGUCGUUUUUGAUGAUAAGCCAAUUUACUGGCAAGCUUGGGAUGUGGAGGUCUACCACCUGGACACAAGAGAGGAGUUGGAAAGCUCAUCCACUUCUAUCACGGAGGACAGUUAUCACCGCGUUAGCGUUACCACUGAGACUGUGAUCAGCUCCAAAAGCUCCAUGCGUGUCACCAUUUCAUUAUCAGCGACGUUUGAUGAAAGUGAUUAUUCUUCUGUGGAAUGCACCGCAGAGAUUGAUUGGCACGAGAACAUGAAGUUCCUCAAGGUUGAAUUCCCAGUGGAUAUUCGCAACACGGAAGCAUCAUAUGAGACACAGUACGGUACUGUCAGGCGUCCGACUCACUAUAACACAUCAUGGGAUAUGGCCAAGUUCGAGGUCUGCUGCCACAAAUUUGCCGAUCUUUCUGAGCAUGGAUAUGGUGUCUCAAUUCUCAACGACAGCAAAUACGGCUUUGCGACAGUCGGUAAUGUCAUGCGAUUAUCUCUUCUCCGAUCGCCCAAGGCGCCCGAUGAUACAGCAGACAUGGGCAAACACACGAUCCGGUGGGCUAUCAUGCCACAUGCAGGAGCACUAGGCGCGAGAACUGUCCGAGCGGCAUUCAACUUCAACAAUCCUCUCAAGCUCCUCGUGGCCAAGCCGAAGUCUCCCAUGGUGAGACAAUUUCCUAUCACUUUAAAGGGCGAUGAUAGUCUAGUCCUUGACACCAUCAAGCGCGGAGAAGAUGAUGAAGAUAUCAGCACCGGAGAGCUACCCACACGGAAGGGGCGAAGUGUCAUAAUCCGGAUCUAUGACUCUCUUGGUGGCAGAUCGCGGGGGACGGUACAAACUAUAUGGAAAGUAAGCAAGGUUGUGAGGACAAAUUUGCUGGAAGAUGACGAAGAGGAGGUCCCGGUUGAUGAGGGAGUAUUCAAAGUGGACUUGGGCCCAUUCCAAGUGUGCACAUAUCGUCUCUGCUUAGCUGAUUAG